AGAGAGCUACUCAAAUGGAGGCCAUCAAAAGCUUGAAGUUCUACUGGCGCCAGCGAGCAUACAGGAGAUUAGAGGACUUGCCGGCCACUCGAAAGGUAGCCGUUGUGAGGCUCGGCGGCGGCGGCAAUAGGUGUCGGCAAUCAUUGAAGGCUAUGAUCACGCGACCGGCGCUGAGACUGAAGAGGCUAUGUUUUCCGAAAUCUUCCCGGAAAAUGAUGGCGAAGUUGAGGGAUGCUUACAUGAACGUCAUGCUGAUGCUGGCCGGAGGCGGUGGUGCUGGCGGGGCGGUGUGGGAUCGCCGGAUUCCGAAGGCUAGGCAGGCGGGGUUGAGAGGUGGAGACUUUGAGAAGAAAUUGAUGAUACAUCUCUAUAAUUCUGUUAUUGCCAUUCGAUAG